AUGCCUGGCAUACAUACCCACGAGAAAUACGUCUUCGGAAGAGAUUCGAAAGAAUCAAACCGACUCAAUGCUCAGCACAACUUGCUCACGAAAGUGACUAAGAACACCCUGAUUCAUCCAUCGAUUCCCAAAGAAGGCCUACUUGCCGUUGCAGAUAUCGCCACUGGGACUGGUAUCUGGCUAAAGGACGUCUCCAAAGUAUUGGAACCUGAGUCCCAGGGCUCAGUCUACUACCAUGGAUUUGAUAUCUCAUCGCAGCAGUUCCCCAAGAAGCGGGAGAACAUCGAGUUCUCCGUUCACGAUAUAACGAAACCAUUCCCCGAGGAGCAUCUGGGCCGAUAUGAUCUAGUCCAUGUGCGACUCCUGGUUGCGGCCAUUGACGAAUGUGAUUACAGAUCGGCAAUCGCCAACAUCAACGCAAUUUUGAAGCCCGGCGGCUUCCUUCAAUGGGAGGAGAUUGACGAAGAAACAUACAUAUCCGAGAAUAACCCUGUGAUUCAAGAGAUUCGAAGAUGUUUCAGUGCCGCAAUGACUGCCGAGGAGAAGUGUUUCCAGGCAUCAUCCAAGGUCUUCCAGGAAUGCAUUGCAGCUGGAUUUUUGGAUGUUGAGAGACUGGAGUUCAGCUCUGACUGGGAUAGCAGUAUCCGUCACGAAACGGAUGAACGACUAGUUGCCAUUAUUGAAACUUUGUAUGCCGGUUUUCUGCUGCGAUCUGGGCAAGUCGCCGACGACGAGGCGGCAAUCAGCCGGGCUGCGGCCUUGGUUAAGCAGCAUCGGGAGCUUUGCGCAACUGGAAAUUCUCCUCCCAUAAAGCUGAUGAGAGUUGUUGCCCAGAAGGCGAACUAA